AUGACUCACGAUAUGACAAAUGGUACCGCAAAAUUUGAACGGAUGACAAAAGAAGAAAAAUUACGUUUUUGCCAAGAUCUUAUUAAACAAGCGGCUAAUUUAACUAAGUCAUCCGAUAUUAGUAGUGGCAUUCAUUCGACAGAAAGUAGAUCUAGUUUAAAUGGUGGUAUACGUUCAUCAAGUAAAUCAAGUAAACGACCACCUUCACCAAGUGGUACUCUAUCGAAAAAAACUAAAAGUGGAACAUUAAGUCAGAAGAACAAAUUGAAAUCACAUACUAAAUCAUCUAAAUCACAUAAAACAGAAAAAUCGAAGGCCAACACUCAUUCACAUUCUACAACACCGGCUGAAGAUAGUAAAUCGACAGCAAAUAGUAAGAAAUCCAUUAAAACAACUAGUGCAACUGGCCUUCGAUCAAGCGCGAAAACAGGUAAUAAUGAUUUCAAUUUAAUCAAUGAAAAUAUUGCUUUCUUUUACUUGUGUCUUGAUGGUAAACAUAAAUCAAAAUCGAAGUCUUCAAAAUCUGGAACAACAAAACGAUCUACUUCAAAAUCAUCAACGCGUAAUAAGGCAUCAAAGAGUAAACGACAUCAUACAUCAAAAACUGCUUCAAAUUCAUCGUUGAAACUUGAUGGUACAAGCGCGAUUCGUUCGACCUCACAUACAAGUGGUAUGCAUACAAAAUCAGGUACUGUAUCGAAAUCAAAAGUACACAGUCAAAGUCAACAAGCUCCUGGUAGUCAUUCAAGUGUUCGUUCUAUGGUUGCUUCGAAGUCGCACAAGGCAACGAAUAAAAUUACAAAAGCAAAAUCGAGUUCCACGAAAAAGGCGGCGACUUCAACUAUUCAUUCAACAAUGAAAUCGACCCCGAUCAGAAGCAAAAGUGGCACUAAAACUCAAUUAACCACUAUGAAGACUGACAUGACUAAAUCAAGUACAAAAUCAAAAGGGAAAUCUCAAUCAAAAGGGAAAUCUCAAUCAAAACAUUCUCGUAUGCCAAUGAAAGAUAGUACGGAAACAUGUGCUGUUCAAUUUGUACCAAAAUUUAAUCCAAACUCAAACAAAAAUCAAGUACCAAUCUAUCAUCUUAUUCGUCAUGCAUUCGGUAAUAUGGUUCGUGAAGCUAUAUGUCAAUUAGAUAAAGAAAAGUCAGGUGUUAGUUCACAACAAAUUAUCGAUCACAUACUAAAAUAUUAUUCAUUUCCAAACAAUGUAUCGGAAAGUGCUAUACGUAAUCGUACAAUAUUUACAAUCAAUGCGGGCCUACGUGCUGGUACUCUUCUUACAGUUAGUCCAAAUAAAGGUGUUCGAAUUGGUCGUAUGCGACGUGUUUAUCCACAUAUGCUUUGCUAA